UAUAAAACUCUAGAAAUAUUUAAUAUAUUAGCUACUAUUUUCUUGUGGACAUUGCUGGCUGGGUUUGUUGUAUUUCCUGGCACCUUUACCUCUCUUCAGAAUACUUCAUCGCUAAAUAGCAGCGUGCUAGGAAGAGUAGUUCAGCGCACGAUCCAGAAUAUCCCCCUUCUUACAGUGGCGGCCCUCUUCUUUAUUCUGGGAACAGCUGGAAUAGGCUGGCUUUAG